AUGCAGGACUCGAGAGCCGCAGAAGCCAGUAGCAGCGCAGACACUGUCGGCGCUUACAACGAAGACGGAAAUGAGGACAGCCUCACGCAACCGAUAUCCGAUAUUACCGAAGAAGUGGGCGAAUUCGGUGCGGUUGGUGGCCCCGUGCCUCGCUCGGCGACCGCGCGCAGCGUGAGCCUGACAUCUGCAUUAUCCCGGCAGGGAAACCAGCAGGCCAAAGAGCCCAGUGCUUCGACGGCCGCUAUCGAACUCGAGCCUAAAGCUCCGGCGGCGCCACGUCGGCUGUCUUCUCGCGAAAAGCUCGGGCUCUUUGCUCUUCUUCUUUUCCCUAUCGGCACCGUCAUCCUCUUGAUCGCAUCAGAUCACGGCCAGCGGCUAAGCAAGGCCGUGAACAUCAUCGCCGAGGUCAUCAAGACCACGGUCAGCUUCCAGGUCGGAACCGAAGUCGCCAUGAUUGCGAGUCUUGCCAUGGAGGGGUUUGGCGUGCUGCUCCCGCACGCAGCGUCGCUUUCCACGAUGAAGGCGUGCGCUAGCAGCGGCACCGUCUUUGUGCUACUCAAACACCAGUUUGCAGCAAUGGCCAGGAGCACGGGCAGAGCUGGGACGACAGUCUGGACCUUCGUACUUGCCGUCACGUUGACUGUCGUGUUCGCUAUUACCCAGGUCUUCUCCAUCCUGCUCAUCAGCGAUACCGCCGUACGGGCCCUCCCCGGCCUCUCCGCAUCGACCAACCUGAGUGACAACACGUGGCUGCGCGCUUCUAGUCGGUAUCCCACUUUUGCAAAAUACUCGGAGCCGCCGUAUGUAGCCGACGGGGUCCUAGACACGGGCGUCACGCUCCGCGCCUUUCUGCCGUUUCCGUUGGCCAAGGACAAGGCAUCCGACAAGACAUCCAGCUUGGCGAAACGGGUAUCAGAGCACGGGUAUCAGAGCGCGGGCGAUAUUG